AUGAGACUCCUCUCGGCCAUCGUUGCACUCUCCGUUGCCUGCUCCUCCUUGGGCAAGGCAAACAACUGGGACAAGCCAUGCUUCCACGGCGAAUGCGCAUACGAUACCAUUGGCACUGAGGAGACCGGCUACGGCAGCAUCAAGAUCUACGGUUCACCUAAAUCCAUAACCGAUAUCACGCCUGCCUCAGGCUGGGUUGUCUUGGACUGCGACCCCAAUCUCCUUGCCCAGGAUAUCCGUCUCGUUUGCCGGAGCGACGACGACGAGGGCUGCAACCACAUCUACGAGCAUGACCCUGUUCAUAGGAUCGUGCGGCUCCCCGAGAGCUGCGGCAAAGGUCCAUUUGCCAGGAUCGCGAGCAUGCAGGUUGCCUCUGACCAGUCCAUACCUGCCCAUGCCGAGCAGAAGAUUCUCCGUCGAGAUGGCGUCGUACCUCAAGUACAUCUGCUCAGUGUAGAUUCCAACUUUGAGGCUGUCCCUGCAGAUAUCGAGCCCGUUUCCUUCGUCUUAGUCGGAGGAAAUUUUCCUGGCUUAGAACUGGAUCCCGAUGUGCUGGGUUCCCUGCAUCAACGCGACGCGGACAAUAUCUUCAAGAGCAUUGCUCAUGCAGUCUCCAAAGCCGCCAAUGCUGUGAAGAACGUCGCUGUCAAAGUCGGCACUGCAGUCAAGGAUGUUGCAGAAAAAAUCAACAACAUCAAUAUCAACAAAACUUUCACCCCGCCAGCACUGAAUGUCCAGAAACACUUCGACUUGCUCGAUGUUCAUCAACAUUGUGGUAGCACCGACGCCGAGUUAAAGGUCUCGGUAGAUGGCAACGCUCACGCCGAAGUCAGCGUUGGUGCGAUCUUGAUCGGUCAUAUCAUCCCACCGAAGAUAGAAAAGGCGGGUGCAUUUGCUCAGCUUUCUGCUGAACUAGGCGCGCGUCUUAUGAUCAAGGCUAUGUUGAACGGUGAUUUCGAUACCGGCAAGAAACAAAUUGUGUCUGUUGGUAUCCCCGGGUUCAGCAUCCCCCCGAUUUUCAAGCUCGGCCCUUGGUUUGAAAUCGAUGGCCAGAUCAAGGGCAAGAUUGAUCUAAACAUCGACAUUGACGUUGGUGCAAACUAUGGAGUCCAAUUCUGGUUCCCCCCCAGCGCGGGGCCUUCUUCAUCAAAGGAGGUCAAGCCAAAGGAUACACCUUUCAAGCUUUCCGCUGCGGCCGACAUCAGUGCGAAGGGUACCAUCGAAGGUCACAUUAUCCCCUCCGUCAAACUUGGGUUCGAAGUACUCGGCGGCAAGGCUAAAGCAGAUGUCUACCUCGACAUUGAUGCUUAUGCAAAGGUCAACCUCGACGCCCAAGCUAGCGCAUCCGUUCACCAUCGUUCUGUCGAAGGCGAACUGAACGAGCAGCUCUAUGCCCCCCCUUACGGUCGCGCUGCAAGAGAAGUCGUAGUUCGUUCCGUCGAUCGGGCGCAGGCUGCCACUUUCAACGGUUGCGUAGAUGUCUCAAUCUGGUUGUCCCUUGGAGGAGGCGCAGAGGGAAACAUCUUUGGGCUGUGGUCGGCUGAUAAGGCAAUCACAUUCUUCAAAAAAGAAUUCCACCUGUUGAAGAAAUGUUGGGGUUCUGGGAAAGCCAAGCGUGACAUGUCUACGUCCUUGACAAGGAGCAGUAAGAGGGCUAUUGAUGGGAUUUUAUGCCCUAAGACCCAGUCAGCUCCUGUUAGUGUCGAAGAUGCUAAUGUCAAGGCAAAUGAGUAA